AAUAGCCAUAGCAUACAUUUUAUUUAUUAUUCUUUUUACUAGCAACACUACAUCAUCAAGUGUCAAUGUCAAUUUUUAAUCUGUGAAGUAUCCUUUUUCUGUGGUCUUUUCUUGUCGACUGCUAAAGAGUAUACACCCAAGAUGGGUAAGAUUAUGAAGCCAGGGAAGGUGGUACUGGUCCUGAGCGGCCGGUACGCAGGCCGUAAGGCCAUCGUCGUGAAGAACUACGACGAGGGCACAUCAGACAAGCCCUACGGCCACGCUUUUGUUGCCGGUAUCGACAGGUAUCCACGCAAAGUGCACAAGCGGAUGGGCAAAAAUAAAAUCCACAAACGCUCCAAGAUAAAGCCUUUCGUUAAGGUGGUCAAUUACAAUCACCUCAUGCCAACCCGUUACUCUGUCGACUUCAGCUUCGAGAAGCUCAGCACAAAGGAUCUGAAGGAUCCGGCUAAACGCAAGAAGCUGCGAUUCAACACACGUGUACGCUUCGAGGAGAGAUACAAGAGCGGAAAGAACAAGUGGUUCUUCCAGAAGCUUAGGUUCUAAGACUAAAUAAACCGUUUAAAACACAAA